AUGCCUCACUAUCCGUCGUCACGACGCUCUGAGCCAGAGUCGCCGCCAGGCCUCAACAGUUCCUACUACAAUCCAGACGAGCCUCUCGGCCCCUCGUCGUCUCGUCGUUCCAAGUCCGAAAAGGGCCGCCGAAAUGCCUCUCCCGGCUACUCCUCCUCCCCCGACGAUCGCAGAUCCCGCCACAGCAGCCGUCGCGAGCCGUCGCCAGGUUAUGCGAGCUCGAGGCCGUCCCGCAGUCGUCGGCACCUGUAUCCGAGCCCGCCUCCAUUUGCCGCACCAACUCCCCCGCCUCAGCCCGACUAUCGCGCCUCUGGCCGUGACCGCGACCGAGUCCGUGAUCGCGAUCGCGACACCUAUUCGCCGCGGGACUCACCGAGGGACUCACCGAGAGAUUCGUACAGAGACUCUCCGAGGGACUCGCGCUACCGAGAUGCUGACCGACGCUCACGAGACUAUCCCCCUCCUCCUCCGCCGGAGCCACGUGAGCGCCGUCACAGGUCCUCCCGCCGCGAGCCGUCUCCGGAGCCCAGGGGCGCUUCCUCACGAGCCUACCCUACUCCCCCGUAUGACGACCGCAGCGACAGGGACCCUCGCUCCUCUCGUCGGUCCCGUGGAGCAUCAGCGCCGUCGCCGCCGCCUCAGCAGUCGUCACGCUCUCGCGGCGCUGUAGCUUUGGAUCGCGAUGGAGCGAGAGACGAUCGGGAUCGACGCCAUCGCUCAAAGCCUCGCGACACGGACCUCGUCCGAGGCUCAAGUCGUGACCGGGACAGGGCUCGGGACAAGGACCGCGACCGCGACCGCGACCGCAAUCGAGACCAGCACCGCACCCGGGAUCGCGCCGCGCCGCCAUCACUCAAGCGCCGGAACACGAUGCCCGCAGGCGGCAGCAGCCCCUGGUGGAAGAACCCCCUGAUCCAGGCCGGCGCUCGCACCGCCUUGGCCGCCGGUGCCCAGGCCGCUAUGCAGAGCCGCAAGGACGCCGGCCCCUGGCUGGGCGCAAAGGGGGCCAAGGUUGCUACAGCUGCCCUGACAGCUGCCCUAGCUGAUGGGUUGGCCAACGGUGGCAAGAAGAAGCGAUGA